CAUUAGUAGUUUUUUCAUAUUAUGAAUUUUAAUAAUUUUAUGAAGGUAGUUACAUUCUAUACCAAAAAACGCAAAAAUGAAGUUCGGCUCGAAAUUGGAGACAUUUCUCAUUUCAGAAUGGGCCGAUAAAUAUAUCAGAUAUAAGUACCUAAACAGGUUACUAAAAUCAGCACAAAGAUUUAAAAUUAGUGAAAAGGAGGAAGAAGAAGAGGAUUUGGAACUCCAGAGUAACAUUUUUGCCUUAGAUUUGGACGAUUCCAAAAUUAAAUCUAUUGGAAAACCUGAUAAAAUUAAAGAACAAACUUCUUCUCAACAAGAUUUAUCAAUUGAAAUUCCAGAACCUGAAGAUAAUAUGGGAAUUCCUCUAGAUCUCAAGCCUGAUUCAUACACCGUACCUAUAUCUGACACAUUUAGUUCCUCUAACUUAAAAGAUCGAAAAUUUUCAUCACGUUUUGAAGAUUAUAAGUCAUCGUCAAAUUUGGAAGAUUUUAAAACAUCACAAAAGUCCAAGAAUGUUUUAGAUGUGAUAACAAUCGUGGCAGAAACGUUUGAGGAAAAGGGCCACUUAAACUUUGAGCAGAUACCUGAGCUGGUGGAAUUGAGCCAUGCAUUACCUAACAAAACUCGUAGUUUGAGCGACAAGUUCAGAAGCUCAAUGGCUAAACUUGAUAUUUUAGACCAUGAAACCAAUGGCCAAAGAAACUUCUACAGUAGCGUGGAUUUGAGAAAUGUACAAGUUGAAAAUCCAAAUGAGUUUAGACCUUCCUCUCAAACUCAGUCUCCAACGAAACCUCUAGUCCAAACACACAGAAACUUGAGGAAAAUCGACUUUAAGAACAAAUUUGUGAGGAAGGCGACAUCCAAAAAUUUAUCAAUGUCAAGGCAUCUGGGCGGCUUUAAAUAUGACCUCGCGUCAAAAGUUAAUAAAAGAUACUUUGGAAAUAAGAAGAUUACAACUCCAGAUUCCCAAGCUUGUUUUGAUAAGUGUUUGAGGGAUGAUAUCAGGACUGUGAUAAUGCAUUACAAUUCAGAAAUGGAAUACAUCACAAUUUUGAUAGAUUAUUUGAGAAAAGAUGUCGUUAACAGAUCAGGAGAAUUUGAUAAAUCGCACGUCAAGUUACUUCAAAAAGCAGUUACAGCACUUUGGGAUUCAUCAGAUAAGCUGAAAUCCUAUCUAAACACAAAUAUUUUAGCAGUUUAUAAACUUUUAAAAAAGAAGGAUAAGCUCCUAGGAACUAAUGAUUUGAUUUCUUUAUAUCCGACAUAUAAACAAACUUUACUAUCAAUUGACUCAUUUAAUGAGACGAAUCAUGCAAUUCUAUCGCUAUAUCAGCUAAUUUCUGAGCCUGAAGCUGUUGAUUUUAACAAAAUGAAAAUGGAAGUUGAAUCUACAAUGGACUCGAAUUUUAUUCCAGCCUAUUACCUGUCAUACAUGAUGGGACUUUGUACUAUACUGUUCUUUAUGAGCGUUUUAUUAUGUUACGCUAACUUUGGAAAAGAGUUUAAUUUAUCACUUCUCUUGGCUCACUUGCCUAUUUUUAGAGUCUUUUUUAUCUUUGGCGUUAUCUGGUGUGGUAUCGGAUGGUGCCAAAACUACCUAGAAACAUAUGGAGUCAAUUAUCAAUUUUUGUUUCAAUUGAGUAAUAAUUAUUCGGUUGAUGAGAAGGAUUUCUAUUUCUUCGGAGCAUUACAGUCGUUAGUGUGUCUAUUGUUGUUUGUGUUUUUCAUUUUGGAUUGUAAAAUAAACUUUUUUGGAGAACAUAAACUGCACUUUAUUUAUCCAAUAAUCUUGAUCGUUUGCUCGUUGAUGCUUGUCCUGCUUCCAAAGAAGAACUUUAAACUCAAGUUGAGGAGGAAAUUGCUAUUUGCAAUCUUCAGAUCAUUCACUUCCCCAAUCUGUGUUGGACCGCCAGUUUCACUUGCAGACAGCAUUUUCGCAGAUGUAUACACUUCACUCACAAGAUCAUUUGUCGACAUUGUCUACAUCUUCUCAUACUUCACGUAUGGAUUAUCGAAUGAUACACACCAUGUGCAUGAAGACGUGAUCAAUUGGGUGAUUCCGACAGUUAUGAUAGCCCCGUUCUUUCUCAGGUUCUCACAGUGCCUCAGAAGGUAUAUCAACGAGCAUCUGUGGAUCCACUUUGGAAACAUGCUCAAGUACAUUUCUGGAAUUAUCUGCGUGGUGGUUUCAUCACUGAAGUGGCCCCCAAGUUCUGGAAACAACAGGCUUGUAGUCAUGAUUUCCUGCUACGUUGUGGCUACGAUCUAUAACUUUCUCUGGGAUUUUUUCGUAGAUUGGGGUCUCUCACCUCCUCUUAACAUCUUCAAAAGGAGAGGGGAUAGAAGGAUGUAUAGAAUGAAAGCGUAUUACAUAGCGUGCGUGGUGAACCUGUUAUGUAGACUAACCUGGGCACUGACGGUGACUCCAAUAAAGCUAAUUGAGCACCAGGAGCUGUCACACAACAUCGUAGUGUUUAUAAUAUCACUAGUGGAGAUUUUCAGACGUAUAGUGUGGGUCACAUUUCGUCUGGAAACUGAACACCUCCUCAACUCAUACAAAUAUAGGACGGCCCUUUGGGUACCGAAGCUGUAUAGGUGUAAGACGGCAAUUGUAAAGGAACUCUCAGUUUUAAAUAAAUGAUAUUAAAUAUUAAUAUCACAAAUUAUAUUAUUACCAUAUCA